UAUCAUAAUCAGUUUAGUCUCCGUGCAACAUUCGCUUCGUGGACACAGACGCGUGCAAGCGACACAUCAGCGUGUCAGCGAGGCACAACCCUGUCGAUAAGGGGUCAAGAGAACCAAACAAGCCACCGAACGGGAAAAAAUCGAGAGAGACCAAAGAUAGAGAGAGGAGAGCCAAGGAUAGGAGAGAGAAGGACGAAGAUAAGCUCUAUCCCAGUCAGAUGCGGAAAGCGGAAGGGCCUAUACCGUGCGAGCAGUGUGGCGUCCAGCUUGAAGACUCGCGCGCUUACCACGGCCACUUCAGACGGAUGCACCCCGACAAGAAUCGAACCAAAUACCCGUCUAUGAAGUCGCCUUGUAUGUGCGAACUUUGCGGGAGAAUGUUCCAGAGUUACGCUCUCCUAAAAGACCACCGUUGGACGCACACCGGGGAACGCCCUUUCAAAUGCGACUCCUGCGACAAAUCGUUCCGGAUGAAACAGCGUCUAGUCGCGCACAGGCGCGUGCACAGCGCCCACAAGCCGUCUUACGUGUGCGGCGCUUGCGGGAAGCAGUUUAGCACGCAUAGCAACCGGCAGCGGCAUAUGUUUAUCCACACGGGCCUGAAACCGUUCAAAUGCGAGAUGUGCGGGAAGGGCUUCAAGCACGCCAGCGAGAAGCGGGCGCAUAUUACGUACGUGCACCUCAAGAAGCCCUGGCCGAAACGCAGCCGCGGGAAACGGCGGGACACGCGACCGGUGAGUGUACACGCGACGCGACGCAACGCGACAAGACGCGACAUGACGCGACACUACGAUACAAUACGCGACAUGAAGCGACGGAUAGGUUAG